AUGGAUCUGGUCAACAACCUUGAAGGUCGCCUUCUCUUUGCCGUGCCCAAAAAGGGCCGCCUGAACCAGACCGCGCUCAACUUGCUCGAGGGUGCCGAUAUCCAGUUCCGCCGCGAAAACCGACUCGAUAUUGCUCUGGUCAAGAACCUGCCCAUUGCGCUCGUUUUUCUGCCCGCAGCCGACAUCCCCACCUUCGUAGGCCAAGGCCGCGUCGACCUCGGCAUCACUGGCUGGGACCAGGUCAAGGAACACGAUGCCGCUGUUCGCGGCGACUCCAACUCUACCGAGGGCACCGAUGAUGCCUCUGGCUGUGACAUGGUCAUGGACUUGGGCUUCGGCGGCUGUCGUCUCCAGGUGCAGGUUCCCGAGAAGGGCCAAUACGUCACGGGCCGCGACCUGAUCGGCCGUACUAUCGGCACCAGCUUUGUCAACUUGGCCGCCGACUAUUUCUCCAAGCUUGAGUCGGAGGCAGGUGUGACCCCCUCCGAGGGCUCUUCCAGGAGGCUCCGCACCAAGAUCGUGGAGCUCAGCGGCAGCGUAGAGGCCGCCUGCGCGCUAGGUGUCGCUGAUGGUAUCGUGGAUCUCGUUGAAUCGGGCGAGACCAUGCGCGCGGCCGGGCUCAAGGCAAUCGACACGGUUGUUGAUUCCACCGCGGUGCUGGUGAAGUCAAGGUCGCCGUCGAACCCAGAGAUGCUCGAGCUCAUCGCGUCGCGUAUCCGUGGCGUCAUUACCGCCCAGAAAUACGUUCUCUGUCAGUACAACAUCGAGCGAUCGAGGCUUCCUGAAGCGACCAAGAUCACCCCCGGAAAGCGAGCCCCCACUGUGACGACGCUGGACGCAGAUGGCUGGGUCGCUGUCAGUUCCAUGGUGGAGAAGAAGAAGCUUGCCCUGGUCAUGGAUGACUUGACCCGGGUGGGUGCACACGACGUGCUGGUUCUUGACAUUCACAACACACGAUGA